AUGUUGAGGGGGGGAGGUCUUACCAGGAAGGUGCUAAAAAUAGGAAAAAGAUGGUUGGCUGACAAAGAAUGUGCUUUUUUUACCACAGAAAAUAAAAAUAAAGGAACAAAAAAUGCCUUAUCCAUAUGCAUCGAAAUUAACAAGGCAAUUUUGAAAAAUGAAUAUAUUUUCGAAAUAGUAAAAAUAAUAAAGAAGAACGAAAAAAAUGCCAAUAUAAUUAAUUACGUAACAUUUGUUCACAGGUUAAUGCAAAUAAUAUACUGUAGGAAGGAUGACCCCAGUUAUUUAAAAAGUAUUACAUAUAUCCAUGACGAAAUAGAGGAAAAAAUUAACAUAAUUUUUCAGUAUUUGAUUGACCACAAGAAAAGUGUUAAGGUUAAUAACUACAACAAAAGGCUCUUUUCUUCCUUCAUAUGGUCACUUAGUAAGUAUGCCAGUCUGUUCCAGGGUGGUGACACCCGGCACCUCUUUGCGAGUACGGUUCCGCACAGUCAUUUGGCACAUCCAUGUAAAGGUGAAGUGGAAUGGAUGAAAAGAGUACUUGUCUUAAAUGGACAAGGGGAAAAUGUAAGAGGUGUAGAUAAUGUGUACCUAUCGGAGCAGGAGGAUGAUGAUGGAGACCGUAUGGGCAGAAGUAUUCCUCCGCACACAACUACUGGGCAAGGGGAGCUAAAACGACACGAUGGAAAAAAUCGUCCCCAUGAAGAGGUCAGGGGAAGCCUCACCCCGUGUAAUAAGUUCAACCUGUUAUGCUAUUAUGCAGAUGCGUAUUUACCAUCGUUAAAUCCCUCUCGAUAUGUGCUUGUGCUUUGGUCAUUAAGCAAGUUAAAUAAACAUUUCAAAGAAUUACACGAGAAAUACUACGAAAGGAGCACCAGUCUCUUGCCUAUGCUAAAAAGUAAGGAAGUGAUAAUGCUUCUAUAUAGCUACUCCUAUGUAAAUUAUUCAAACUUACAUUUUUACGUAAAAGUGAAAGACUUUAUUAUGAGCAAAAAAAUAUAUAAGCAAAUAGUUCGUUCGAGAGAAUACGAAUCGGUGAUCAACAUGCUUUUGUCAUUUUCGAGGCAAAAUGUAUUCCCCCAAAAUUUACUCGAAAGUACAGUAGACCAAAUUUUACACUCGAAGGAUUUUCUAGAAUUGAUAAAAAGUAAGGAUCUAGUAACCCUCCUCUUUUGCCUAUGCAAAUUUCCGUUUUUAUAUACACCAUUUGGAAAUCCUGUUGGGGCGCUGAAAAGGAGGGAGACAAAUAUAUGGGCCAGGAAAAAUAUAUUCUUGUAUGAAUUGUUAAAAAAGGAAAUUAUGAAUAGGUGCACAAAGGGGAAGAAUCCAAGCAAGGAUACAUUUCAGAGAGAGGAAAGAAAUACCAACAAGGAGGUACCAGUGUACAAGAUGACAUACUCCUUGGAAAACUUAAUUUUAAUCAUAUGGUCGUUAAGUCUUAAGUAUAUGUACUCAGCCAAAUUGUUCCUUUGUUGCUUUACUAAAUUAUCAGAUCUUUUGAAAAAUCAAAAUUACCUGAAUAGUUCCUAUCCCAUGUUGACGAACUUUUAUUUAUCCCUUUUGGCCUUCUUGCUAGAAGAUGGGAAGAUGAUUAAUUUAUAUUUUAACAGAGCAGAAUUAAAUUCCCUGCGUAUUUUGCAUGACAAUGUUGGCAAUUUUGAAAGGUAUUUUGGAACAUUCAAAAAGGCGAUAAACAUGAAUGGAAGGAAAUAUGACGUGGAGGUGUCUGGUAUGCAUAAGGUUAUAUACAAUUUGGUUUCCAACCUUUUUAAGGGAUCAGAAAAUGUAGCUGUCAUCUUGGAACAUAAAAACGUGGUCCAUUUGUCUGUGGAUAUUUUGUUACUUCAAAAGGUGGACACUACAAGGAAAAAGAACGAACAUCGUAGAGUGGCACCACGUACUGAAUUUUUAUGUGAAGAUUCCUUACCCCAUGACCGGAACGGGAAUGAACAGGCCUACCACAGCAAUAGGGGAGAUGUUGCGAACUGUGCACCUUAUGCUUCGGGCAAGAGGAACACGGCUAUUUGUUCUCCGUUUCCAAUCCCCUCCAAAAGUAGAUCAAUAGGUGUUCAUCAAAAGCGUGACUGCCACAGCAGCACCGAAAAUGAUAACAUAAAAAGUAGAACGUACGUUGAAAAGGUUCUCAACACAAGUACACCGUCUGAGAAGACAGAUAUUUGCAACGAUGAGGUAAAAAGUAGUUUGCUUCGUUUCAUCGGAGGAAUAAAAAAUGCGAAUGACAAAAUGGACGAAAAGAAAUUGAAAGAAAUAUUCAAAGAUGUUCUAACCUUCUUUGGGAAAUACUCUCCCCAUAUUAACGAACAAGACAUGGUUAGUUUUUUUUAUAAAUUUUCUGCCCUUUUUCCGCGACUAUGUGAGUUAAGGGACCGUGGCAUUUUGGCUAAUGGUGGUGACGAUGACUUUUUAAGAAUUUUUUCCCACUUCCAUGGAUACACCACUAACAAGUUUUUUCAAAGUGUGAACGGGAAUAAGACUCAUUAUCUCCUUGACGUGUGCUGGGUUUACUUUCGAUACAUGAAAUAUUUUUGUGCUUUAUCGAAGGAUGGAAAUUCAUAUGGGCCUAGAGACAAAGAAAGCAUAACAGGAAUGUCAAACAAAAAAAGGCUCUCCGGAGAAAUACAAAAAAUUGUAAAAAUAUUCGAUCAUGUUGUAAUGAACAGAAUGAUAAGUGAACAGAUGAUAGAAAAAAUGUCGUCCAAAAAUAUGGCCCAUCUUAUUUCCAUUUUUUUUCACAUUAACAAUUCCACGAUGAUAGAAUAUUUAAAAAAAAAUAAUUUUCACAAUGUUCAUUUUACCGUGAAAGAUAUUCUCCUAAUUUUGAGUGCUUUAGCCAAGUCCGAUUUUGAAUGGAAAAUUGAAGCAAGCUAUUUUUGCAACAAAUUUAUUCAGCAUAUAGACACCUGUGGGGUGCGGGAUUUGGUGGAAUUUACGUAUCUGUGCGCGGAGUUGAAACACAGCAAUGAGCUUAUUAGUACACAUAUUAAAGAUAAAAUUAAUUCGUGUUGUUCUCUCCAACAGUUUGCAAAGCAGUCAUAUGUGGAGCGAAGAAGCGACUCCUAUGGGGGUGUACUAGAUGUUUCUUCUAUCCCCUCUGGUCAGACAACAUUCAUUGAAACCUUCGAACAGGAUGAACUAGCUUUUUUCGUGAGGAACUGCUACCGAAUGCACUGCUUUGAUCGACAUUUUUUUGACACACUGUGUGACGCGGCGCUGAGGAGGCGUAACACACUGAGUGCGAAAAAUCUGUGCAUUGUGCUACCCUGCUUCGCGCGCGUUUAUUGCCUGUACGGGGUGGGCGCGUAUUUCCCUAGUGGAAGGAGCGGGGGGAGAGAGCCUCUCACACGAAGUGACCACGCUGAUCAAGCUGUUCAGUUGGCACAUACCAGUGACCAUCUCGAUGCAGACAUGUCCUUCUGCAGGUACGACGCCCCCGCGUCCUUAAAGAAGCUCGCAAAGUAUGCCGAGACGGAAAUACUCCUCAGCAGGAACCCCAAUUUGUUCAACCUGGCAUAUUUAAUGGAGGCAUUUACGUUGCUCAAAGUUGAAAACAAAAGGGCCUACGCCUUGUGUGUGAAGGAGGUAGAAAGGAAGGUGGGAAUGAACGUACGAAUUGGAACCACAAACGAAAGAGAGAAGAAAAGACACACUUGGGGAGAUACAAAUAAGGAGGUAAAAUUAUUGGGAAAAAUUUUAUGGUGCAUGUCGUACUACCAUAAAACGGAAUUUACCUUGGCAAAGAAAAUUACCAACUUUUUGCUAACGAAAAGGAUAUACCAAAUUGUAAUUCCUGAAAAUUUUAUUUCCAUUUUUUUGUACUACAUAAAAUCGAGAGUAUACAACAUAAGCUUGUUCCAUAAAAUGGGCCAAGCUGUCACAAGGAAUAUAACUCUGCAGGGUUAUUUUAUUGGCGAGGAGGGUAAACGGAGGGGAGGCUUCAAGUUGAGCGUCAUCACAGAACUGUUUGGAACGAUGGCAUGGGCGUACGCAUUUACCUGUUCCUAUCCACAGGAGGCUGAAAAUCGUAUCAAUAGGGGAGAAAAUAAAAGGCAAAAAAGUGAAAUAAAAAAUGAUCAACUAUUUUUAAACAAAAUAUACACCUUCUUGUUAAAAGAAAUUAAAAUUCUCCACAAAUAUAAAGGAGUGUCUUUCUUACUUUUAGCAAGAUAUUUAUGGGGCAUUGCAAUUGUAAAUUUAGUAAAUGAAGAAGUAAUACAAUUUAUUAACGCCUACAAUUGGAAUGCUGUAAAUAUAAGAGAACAGAAUUAUAUGCAUUUGCACAUGAUUUUUACCUUUUGGUUAAGGUUAAAAUAUUCCCAUCAUGGUUAUGACCUUUCUGAGGACUUCCUCAGUUUGAAAGAUCAUAUUAUAAGCCAACUUGGGAAAAAAAAAAAAAAAUUAAAGAAUGGCCACCAUACUGCUAGUCAGAAUAUAUCAGACUUCCAUCAGCAAGUGUGCCAAGUAUUAGACAAAUUUGGAGUGAAAUACGAAAAUGAGUACAUGGCACAGGAACUUUUGUCCAUAGACUUGGCCAUAAGGGAUGACACGACGGGGGAAAAGAUUGCCGUUGAGGUGGACGGCCCAUCACACCAUUUGGUACUUUUGGAUGAGACCGACAUGAGGGAUAAGAAGAUGUAUGCCGCAUGUGGAACAACCCAUUUUAAAAACUGGCUUUUGAGGGAAAUGGGAUGGACGGUCAUCAACAUCCAAGCGCAUGUGUGGAAUAAACUCGGGAAAGAAGAGAAGGACGCCUACGUGGUGGGCAAACUGACAAAUUGUAGUGAUAGUCUUAAAAGGCACUUUGCGAAGUGGGACUCACCGAAUUGA